AUGACGUUGCUGGAGGGGCUCACUCAAGCUAUUCAUGAACUCUCACACACGGUUGCAACGCAAAACAAUGAUUUUCGAUCGUCGGUCAUGGACCAACUUCAACAACAACAGUCAAGUCGAGAGUUCAAAGUUGAAGGAGCCUCCAUGCCGAAAUUCCAUGGCAAGCCUCAGGAAAGUGUGGAUGAGUUCAUCUUUGAAGCUAAGUUGUUCACGAACGGAAAGAACAUUGACUACCACCAUCCCGGCAACCAGGCUCGUGUGGUAGCGAUGUUAGCCAAGGCACUUCGAGACGAAUUCCUUCCUCCCGACCAGCAACAUCGGUUGCGUGCGGCGCUACGUGCAUGCAAACAGACGAGCGAUGUAGAAGAAUACGUGUCACGCAUUCGUAAAAUCAUCACUCAAAUCCGUGAUAUGUCCGCGUUAGACAAGGUGGACCAUUUUAUCACCGGUUUGAAGCCCGACAAUCGCAAGGAGGUUGACUACCUAAAUUGCAACUCAUUAAAGACUGCUAUUUCCGCCGCGCAAGCGUACGAGCGGGCCCAUUUUGGCGCUGCCCGCCGACAGACAGCGGCUCGUCGCGAUGGCCCUGAACCUAUGGACAUAUCCCAAGUGACAACUCGCCCAACGGUUGAGCAGUGUCGCCGCCAAGGGCUCUGUUUUUACUGUCGAGAACCUGGUCACCGCAUUUCGGACUGCCCGAAGAAACGCCAGGGAAACGAGGGAGCUCAGCGGAUGUAA